AUGGAGCAAAUUGAAAAAUCGUGGCUAGAUUUACCACUCGAGUUACGUCAACUUAUUCUGGAGCAAAGUGAGCAACACAAUUUGGCCAAAAUCGCGAUUUCUACAGUACCCGAGCUGAAUUUGAGCCUCUGGCUCCAUCCCAAAUUCAUCAGCUCACUUUUAUUGAUGGAUGAAUGUUUGAACACCCAGGUCACGACGUGUUUUCAGUGUGGAUUUACGAUGGGCGGUGCGCAGAAAUAUGAUGAAUUGGGAAAUGAGGAGUUUGAUGUGAAGAUUAGUGGACUUUUUAGGAAAUUGGAAGAGGAUCAGGCGAAAUGUGAAGUUAGUUGGUGAGUUUUCAGCAAUUCCACGAGUUUCAGCGCAAAAUUUGAGCCAGGAAACAUGAUUUUGACUCUGUAGAGGGUACUGUAGAAAAAUUGUGCCGAAAAUUCCGAAAAAAUGGAUCUAGACCCGAAUUUUGAGCUGAAAACGCUGGAAUUAUUAAUUUCCAGCGAUUUUCAGCAAUUCCAGCGUUUUCAGCGCAAAAUUUGGGCCAGGAAACAUGUUUUUCUACAGUAAUCCAGUUGAUCCAUUUUUUUUGGAAUCUUUGGCACAAUUUUGUACAGUACUCUUUGAAGAGUUCUGGACCAAAAUUUUGUGCUGAAAACGCUGGAAUUAUUGAUUUUCAGCGAUUUUCAGCAAUUCCACGAGUUUCAGCGCAAAAUUUGGGUCUAGAAGGAUUUUUUCCUACAGUAAUCCGGUUGAUCCAUUUUUUUGGAACUUUUGGAAUAAUUUUUCUACAGUACCUUUUGAAGUGUUUCUAGGCUGAAAUUUCGCGCUGAAACUCAUGAAAAUACCGAUUUUCAGCGAUUUUCAGCAAUUCCACGAGUUUCAGCACAAAAUUUCAGCUAGGAAAUCUAUUCUCAGCUUCUGGAACAUUUCUGAAAUGAUCCUAACAUUUUCAGAUUUUUUAUAUUCUUCAGAAAUUCUUCUAGAUCUAAAUUUUGCGCUGAAAACGCUAUUCAUUUCCAGCGAUUUCCAGUAAUUCCACGAGUUUCAGCGCAAAAUUUGGGUCUAGAAACUCUUACUGUAGAAAAAUUGUGCCAAAAAUUCCCGGGUUACUGUAGAAAAAUGUUUCUAGACCCAAAUUUUGUGCUGAAAAUCAUGAAAAUCCAAAUUUUCUCCUCUUGUUUUUCAGGACCAUCCAACAUGCAGACGGAACUUCUCGAGCCAAGUUUGUUCUCGCUGAAAACUACAGAGAGGCGGCGAGCACAGUAUUUCAAAAAUUCCUGAAUUUUUCGAAAAAUCACGUGAAAACAAUCGAAAUGUAUUGGGACCAACGGAAUUUGAUGGUUGACCCGAAAAACUUCCGAAAACUUCGAGAAAUCACACAGAUUACUGUAGAUAAGAGGAAAACCCAUGGAAUUGGCUAUGAUUUUGAAGAUGUGCUAACUUGGAAAACACUGCGCAGUGUUAAUAUCAACACAAAUCAUUGGAAAAUUGAAAAUUAUCGGCGAUUUAUCGUAACUUGGCUCGAAAAAGCGGAAAAAAUUGAGCUAAAUUUUGGUUCGAGAACUUUUUAUAUCACAAAACUGGAAAAUAUCAAAUCAAAAUUGGACAAAUCUGUGAUUUUUCAAGGAUUAGAUCAUCAAUUAUGGGCCUAUGAAUCAUUGUGAGUCAUUUUCAGCGAUUUCACGAUUUUCAGCACAAAAUUUGGGUCUAGAAACACCUCAAAGGGUACUGUAGAAAAUUGUGCCGAAGAUUCCAAAAAAAUGGAUCAACCAGAUUACUGUAGAAAAACAUGUUUCUAGACCCAAAUUUUGCGCUGAAAAUCAUGGAAUGGCUGAAAAUCGCUGAAAAUCAAUAAUUCCAGCGUUUUCAGCGCAAAAUUUGGGUCUAGAAACCUUUUUUUACUACUGUAGAAAAUUGUGCCCAAGAUUCCAAAAAAAUGGAUCAACCGGAUUACUGUAGAAAAACAAGUUUCUAGACUCAAAUUUUUCGCUGAAAAUCAUGGCUUUGCUGAAAAUCGCUGGAAAUCAGUAAUUUCAUGAGUUUCAGCGCAAAAUUUCAGCCUAGAAACCUUUUUUUACUACUGUAGAAAAAUUGUGCCCAAGAUUCCAAAAAAAUGGAUCAACCGGAUUACUGUAGAAAAACAUGUUUCUAGACCCAAAUUUUGCGCUGAAACUCGUGGAAUCGCUGAAAAUCGCUGAAAACUAGUAUUUCCAUGAGUUUCAGCGCAAAAUUUCAGUCUAGAACCUCUUCAAAAGGUACUGUAGAAAAUUGUGCCCAAGAUUCCAAAAAAAUGGAUCAACCGGAUUACUGUAGACAAACAAGUUUCUAGACCCAAAUUUUGCGCUGAAACUCGUGGAAUCGCUGAAAAUCGCUGAAAAUCAAUAAUUUCACGAGUUUCAGCACAAAAUUUCAGCCUAGAAACACCUCAAAGGGUACUGUAGAAAAUUGUGCCCAAGAUUCCAAAAAAAUGGAUCAACCGGAUUACUGUAGAAAAACAAGUUUCUAGACUCAAAUUUUUCGCUGAAAAUCAUGGAUUUGCUGAAAAUCGCUGAAAAUCAAUAAUUGCAGCGUUUUCAGCUCAAAAUUUCAGCCAAAACCCCCUAUUUUUUGCAGCAAACGAUAUCUAUUCACUCAUCCAAAAUUUUCGGACUAUUUUUUGAUGGUCGAUUUGAAUUUGCAAGAAGGACAUGCUCAGUUUACAGUCGAGAAAUUUUCGAAGAAAAGUAAAUCUUGGAUGAUUUAUGUUAGACAGGUUUAUGACGUCACAAAGAUAGACAGAUUUAUGACGUCAGAACAACAAUAUUCUGAGUCGAGUGUAUGA